CUCGUUUGUUAGCUAUGCAUUCACAAGGGUAUUACAUCUCUUUAUUCCCUGAUUAGCCUCCGGCAUUUUCACACACACACACACGCAAACCGGUUUCUUGUCUUUUAUUGUCAUAAAACUGAAGUACGUUGUAGCACUGUGCCUUCGCACUGUUUAUAAGCCGAUCUAGAGUCAGCAAAAUGGGCAAAGUUUGCAUCUCAGUCACCAAGUACUUUCUGUUUCUCUUCAACUUCCUGUUCUUUGUCUUUGGAGCCCUGAUUAUGGGUUUUGGACUCUGGAUCCUCCUGGACAAUCAGAGCUUCAUUGCCAUCUUGCAGGAGGACUCUUCAGAGCUCAAGGUGGGCUCCUACAUUGUGAUUGGUAUCGGUGCAUUCACCAUGGUGAUGGGCUUCGUGGGUUGUCUGGGAGCAAUCUAUGAGAUCCGCUGUCUGCUCGGACUGUACUUCACUCUCCUGCUCCUCAUCCUCAUCGCUCAGGUGGUUGCUGCAGUCCUGAUCUUUUUCCAGCGUGAUGUGCUUAGGAGUUCAGCAUCUAAUGUUGUAACCAAAAUUGUGGAGAGCUACCAGGGACAGAACAAGACUGCAGAACAUGCCUGGGACUACAUCCAGAUGAGUAUGAACUGCUGUGGCUGGACAGGCCCCGAUGACUGGCGCAAAAACCCUGUGAUCAAAAACAGCUCUUAUACGCUGUACCCCUGCUCCUGUCGCAACGUCUCCACCUCACCAGAGAACGUUACAGACGGCAGCUUCUGCGAGUCUCCUGAUUGGCCUACGUACAGCACGGGCUGCGUGUUCAGUGUGGAGAGCUGGCUCUUCACCAACUAUGGAGUCAUUCUAGGAAUCUGCCUUGGGGUUGCUGUCAUUGAGCUCCUCGCCAUGAUCCUGUCCAUGGGCCUGUGUAAGAGCGUACACCAGGAAGAUUACACCAAAGUGCCAAAGUAUUAAAGAAAAAUCACACACACACACUUUACACUUUACACUUAAACUAUAUUGACCUUCCCUGAAUAGUUUACAUGGUUUUGUUUUGUGAUAUUAUUUUUUUCUUGCCCAAAAAAACAAAGCUUUAGCUGUAGAAAAAUGUGUGACGUGUGAAACAUGUUCUACUUUCUUUAAUUCACCACUUUUGUUUUUGGUUUUUUGUCGUGAGCUUUGGUUCAGAAAACUUCCUCGGUGAAGUAAUGCGAGGUUUUUUGAGUGUUUCUCUAAACGCUCCUCUUCACACACUCCUCGCUACUGACAUCGCUCGCACUUUUAUUUUCUUUUUUCUUUGUAUGUCCAUGUUGUUUUUUUUUGUUGUUAUUCAUUUGUAUAUAAUUUAGUAAUGCUUUAAAUCUUGUGUUUGUGGAUAAAAUGGGCUGUUACUCUUUGAAAGAAAGAAAAAAAAAAAUUUCCAUCAUAGUUAUGUACAGAUUCCUUUUUUUUUUUUUUUUUUUACAUACAUUUUUGAACUGUUGGGCUUUUUUUUCAGUCAGGGCAAACCUGAUACCUUAUUUGUAAUCUUACUGCUUUUUUUUUGUUGUUUGCUUGUAAAUCCUUUUGGUGUUUUAUGAAAGAAGAUUAAUCAUAACACGUACUCUAGAACACCCGAAUCUCCACUCUGUUUUGAGAAAAAAAGAAAACAGUCGAGGCAUCCUUUAAAAAAAAUGAAUAAAUAAAUAAAAUAAAAAAGAUGAACAUUAUUAUUAUUAUGAAGUUAUUUUAAUAUUUGUAGCUUUCCUUUUUUUCCUAAACUUUUUUUUUUUUUGUAUAUCUGAAGACAGAAAUAUAGACUGGAAAAGCAGUCAGAACAUCUCGUGUUUUGUUUGUAUUAAAUUGUCCUGAGAAGUAAUGUUAAACAUUUUAUGGUACGAAAACAAACACGUUUUUAUAUAUCUGGAAAACAUUUAGCAGCAUGUGUGAAACAAGACGCACACAGGUAAAGUAAAAUCUUUUAGAAUAAAUUGAACUGACCCUGACUGAA